AUGAACUCCACCAUGCUUCAAAAUACAGUUCAAGACAUAUACGCAGAGUAUUUUGUUCGAAAUUUUAUUGUCGUUGUUCUUGGGAUUAUUAUUAACUCUAUCAAUGGAGUAUUUGUGUUUACAUUUUUCAGGAGUUCAAUUUUCUACAAUGACCCAAGAUACAUAUUAUAUAUUCAUCUGGUUAUGAAUGAUAUGCUCAUGGUUAUUAUAACUGUAAUUCUUUUUGUUAUGGCUUAUUUGUGGUCUAAUGUCCCUCUGCCAUUCUGUUUUCUAUUGAUAAUAAUCGCCUCUACAACGCAUAAAAUUACUCCAUUGACUUUGGCUGGUAUGGCCAUUGAGCGUUACAUUGCCAUCUGUAAACCGCUGCAUCAUCCUCAGAUCUGCACCGUACGCCGGACCUACAUCCUCAUCUCUCUCAUAUGGGGCGUUGGAGUUUUUCCAGCACUUGCUGACUUUUUUCUGUUUUUGAUUGUUUUUCCUCUAUCUGUUUUCUCUGAAGGUACACUCUGUAGUAUUGUGAAUCUCUAUAGCUCACCGUACCAUUAUAUGAUGAGCAAAUUUUUGCAUGGACUUUAUACAUCUGCUGUGUGGCUGAUUCUUGUGUUGACAUACUGUAGAGUUGUGGUUACGGCCAGAAGAGCCAAAACUGAUAAAUCCUCAGCUAAAAAGGCCCAGAGCACCAUCCUUUUACAUGGACUACAGCUGUUGCUCUGUAUGUUAUCUUACAUCACUCCUCUUAUAGAUAGGAUUUAUGCCCCGCUUUUACCUUAUGAGCAGAAAAAAAUGAUCUUUUUAGAUUAUAUUCUAACAAAUAUUAUGCCACGACUGCUCAGUCCUCUGAUUUAUGGCAUCCGAGAUAAACAUUUUUAUAAACACAUAAAGGGACAUUUCACAAUUCGAUUGUUUAUUGUAAAAGUUGAAGCAACUAAAAGAUAA